UGCUGCAUGGUGAGGAUCUCUCAUCUAUGCCCAUAGCCACGUGGUCCAAGAGCCUGCUGCAAUCCAUGCAGGUCUUUGGACAGAGGAAGAUGACCACAGCCAUGGUGGGCCGCAAACAUGGCAGUGGCCUCAUGGAAGUGAACAGGCGGCCCCUGGAGAUGAUGGAGUCAUGCACACUGCAUUACAAGCUGCUGGAACCAGUUCUGCUUCUGGGCAAGGAGCGAUUUGCUGACAUGGACAUCCAAGUCCUAGUGAAGGGUGAUGGUCAGGUGGCCCAGAUGCAUGCUAUCAGUCAGUCCAUCUCCAAAGCCCUGGUGGCCUGUUACCAGAAAUACGUGGAAGUGGCUUCCAAGAAGGUCAAAGACGUCCUCAUCCAAUGUGGCUGGACCCUGCUGGUGGCUGACCCUCAUCGCUGCAAAUCCAGAAAGUUUGGAGGCCCUGGUGACCGUGCUUGUUACUAGGAAUCCUACCCUAAAGCCCAUCACGAGUUAUCAGUAAA